UUUUCCACAGCUUGGAGUUCAAUGAACAAGUCAGGAACACACACUGUGACUGAAUUUGUCCUCUUGGGUUUCUCUGUUCCCUCGGAGACACGCAUCUUACUCUUUUCUCUUUUCUUCAUAGUCUAUAUCCUGACCAUGGUAGGGAAUGGGGCCAUCAUGUGUGCGGUGAGGUGGGACCAGAGUCUCCACACCCCCAUGUAUAUCCUCUUAGGGAACUUUGCCUUUCUGGAGUUCUGGUAUAUAAACUCCACUGUGCCCAGCAUGUUAGAAAACUUCCUCUCAGAAACUAAAAUCAUCUCUCUUGCUGGCUGCUUCCUCCAGUUCUAUUUCUUCUCCUCCUUGGGUACAACUGAAAUCUAUUUCCUGUGUAUUAUGGCUUAUGAUCGUUAUCUUGCCAUCUGCCACCCACUACACUACCCAACGAUCAUGACCCUAAAGCACUGUUGCACCUUGAUGUCUGUGUGCUGGGUGCUUGGCUUCUUAAGUUAUUUUCUAUCUACUAUCCAGCUUUCUCAGCUAUCAUUCUGUGGUCCCAACAUCAUUGACCACAUUAUUUGUGACCUAGAUCCAUUGAUAGCUCUAUCAUGUGCUCCUGCUCCUGCCACUGAAAUUCUGUUCUAUAUCCUAAGCUCCCUCAUCCUCUUCCUCCCCAUACUCUACAUCCUUGGCUCUUACAUCCUCCUACUAAGAGCUGUGCUAAAAGUUCCUUCAGCUGCUGGCCGGCGUAAGGCCUUCUCCACAUGUGGUUCUCAUCUGGCUAUAGUCUGCCUCUUCUUUGGGAGCCUUAUGAUCAUGUAUGUGAGCCCAACAUCUGAGAACUCAGGAGAAGUACAGAAGAUAAUAAGCUUAUUCUAUUUAGUGGUGACACCAUUCUUAAAUCCUCUGAUCUAUAGUCUCCGAAAUAAGGACAUGAAAGCUGCUCUGAAAAAAGUCAUGGGGAUAGCUUCAGCAUAA